AGGUGAUUUCCUUUGACGCUUUAUUGCAGUCACGAACAGAGUUUGACAAAGAGCACGCCUGCCUUUUUAUCGCAGCCGACCAGCCUUAUUAUUAUUAUUGCACACGUUCCAUCGUCAAUUUAUCUCUUAAAACUCGGAAUAAGGCGGCUCUGAAUAAGGAAAAAAGGCUUUCGAAAUAAUCGUCUCUGCUGUUGAAGGGCUCAUCCCACACGCUCUUCACGUUCCUGCUGUGUAAAUUCGGCGCGGCCGUCGACACGGCAGUCUGAAAGACGCUGCUGAAGAAGAAUGAUUCGCUCCUAACACAGACAACCCCUAAUUUAGACAGCAGAAAAAACAGUUAUAGCGUCGUCAGAGGUGCAAACAGAAAAAAAACAAGCAGUUACCAGGUACCGACUGGGCAGGAGGUAGCCCAUUGUAAAUCCAGCUGAAAUAAACCAACGAGGAAAAUUCAGAAGCGGCCGGACGGCGAUGGACAACAAUCAGCAGGAGGAGACGCCUGACGUCACUGGUGCCAAACCAAACCGACCGCGUUUCGAUCCAUUCCAGAUUUUCCAGGUGAAGCACAGAGAGUGCCACAUCUUGCGAGUAUUCGUUGACAAAGGCGUGAAUAUCUCCAAAGGAUGGCUCAGCGAUUUCAUGGAUAUGCCGGAUCCGUAUCUAAUCCUCUCAGUACCUGGCACCCCAAACGGCAGAAAACACACCGUCACCAUCGACAACAACGUGAACCCGGUUUGGGGCCAAGAGUUCGAGUUCUACCUUGACCCUGCCAAACUCCACAAUGGGGAAUACAAACUCGAAUUGGUGCUAAUGGAUGCUAACUACACCAAGGACGGAGAAAUGGGCCGUCAUGAGAUGCCCCUCGACGCCACCAUCGGCCCAGAGAAGAAAGAUUACACCGCCGUUUUUGCAAAAACUCAAAGAUUAAAAUAUUUCAUGCAGCAACACAAGGAAGGAAAAGCAGAUAGGUCGAAAAUGCCGAAAUCUCCCAAGUUUCGCAAUAAAGAGGGAGCAAAAAUUUUCCUGAAAGUUGCCAUCACGAAAGACUCCGCACCUGACUUGAGGUACAGCUUGGCUUUGUCAAAUGAGGAGAAGACAUUUCUUCGAAUGCGCAGAGAGAAAAUCAUGGUAGCUCUCAACACACUUCUGCCUGAGGCCGGGCCUGAUAGCACCGCCGAGGUUCCAAUGAUCGGGCUGAUCGGUUCGGGCGGAGGCUUUCGUGCCUUGGUCGCGAUGAGUGGAGUCUGUGCCGCUUUGCAGGAUGAGAAAAUUAUCGACUGCUUGGCAUAUGUUGCAGGACUCUCCGGCUCAUCAUGGUACUUGUCCUAUAUCUACGCACAACCUGACUUUCCUGAAAAUCCGAUGACGCACUACCAUUCCAAUUUGAGGGAAGCCAUAUCUAAAGACUGGAAGAGAAUGCUCUUUAAAAACUUUUUACACUACUCACGAGAGCUGAUUAACAAAAAAACAAAAGGACAACCAGUUUCAUUCACGGACAUAUUCGGUCACAUGGUGGGCGAGCUUUUGCUAGGACCAGAACUGAAAAACUCCACACUCACUGAUCAACAAAAGCGUUUGGAAAAAGGCAACGCACCCAUGCCCAUGUACACGUGCAUCAAUGUCAAGAAAAACGUGUCUGCAAAGGCGUUUCAGGAUUGGAUCGAGUUUAGUCCGUUUGAAGUCGGGAUGGCAAAGUAUGGGUCAUUCAUGAAGCCAGAAGAAUUUGGAAGCAAGUUUUUUGUAGGAAAAAUCCUUAAAAGAUACCCUGAGUAUCCACUUCACUUCCUACAGGGCGUGUGGGGCAGUGCCUUUUGCAAGCUUCUGAAAUGGCACAUUCGUGGUGACAGCAAUGCCAACCAGCUCGACUUUACGGCAACCAGUGACGAAUCAGUGAACGCAUUUAGGGAUCAAGUCGAGGCUCUCGAGAAUAACAACAACAGAACGAGUGUGCAAAUGGAAAAGGAUAUUGAAAGAAACCUGGAGGCUGACGAUAACGGAAAUGCUACAAACAAGCCGGAAGAAUCUGAAUCAAGCGCCGAAGAAAUGGACGGUUCUUCAGACGAAGAGGAGAGAGCCAAAGCUGGAAAGAAGCUGCAUAGAAAAGGAGGAGUCAAGCAGCGGACACAUGCCAAGAAGAAGGUGGACCCUGAAAAGCCCAACUCUUGGGAAAGCCGUCGGCAGACAGUGAAAAUCAAGAAGCAGGACCAGGCCAAGAGUUUUUGGGGCCGAAGUAUGGACGCUAUUUUCUGCAGCGAGAUUCUGGACACCAGGGAAGGAAGGGCGGGCAUGAUCUUCAACCCUCUGAGAGGGAUCAACAUGGAGGAAACCUUUGAAAUAUCGCCAUUCCACCCGACUACUCCAGAAGAUAACACUGAUUUUGUCGGACUCUAUGAACAGACGAGUGUCGAAGCAAAAAGGCUGUACCUAGUCGACUCUGGUCUCACCUUCAACUUUCCAUUCCCUCUGCUGCUCAGACCUCAAAGAGCAGUUGAUCUCUACCUCUGUUUCGAUUUCAGUACAAGAGAGAAAGAUGAGGACAUGCCAUUCAACCAACUGAUUGUAUCUGAGAAAUGGGCCAAACUGAAUCACGUUCCUUUCCCGCCGGUCGAGCAACUGUCUAAAAAAUUUGCUGAAGAGCCGCUGCGGGAGCACUAUAUUUUUGACGACCCCGAAGACCCCCAGUGCCCGACGAUUUUGCUGUUUGUCAUGUGCAACAAGACCUUCCGAGAUUUCAAAGAGCCAGGAGUGCCACGCGAAACCAAAGAGGAGAAGGAGUUUGCCGACUUUGAAAUCUUCGGACCCGAAACGCCGUAUUCCAUCCUAAAUUUCCAAUACACAAACGAACAAUUCGACAGACUGAACAAGCUGAUGGAGUUCAACACGAAGCUAGGCAUCCCCAUGAUUAAGGAAGCAAUCGAGAAGGCCAUCAAGAAAAGAAAAAAGCUGGCCGCGCAUCCACAGCCACCGAUUUCGCUGACUGACCUGCCUACGAUCAGGUUCAAAACCAAAGUAGAAGAGUACGAGGCUUAUCGCAGGUCGCUGGAAACAAGCUGCCCUAAUUCUUUCACGGAAUAAUAAUCGCUUAUUUUUUUCAGAACUGAUUCCAAUGCGUUUUCAUUUUCCUAUUACAGAUAGAUGCCAAUUAUUCACAUAAUCAAUCGUUACCACUAUUUUGACUUUUAUUUUGGUCAAUUGAUUAUUUAAUAAAGCUGAGAUUAAAAACGA